UCUGAUCGCCAGCAGAUCGAUUGGACGCUUGGUUCCCCGGGGAGCGGGCUGGGAUGUCGGUGUGCUGGUGGGAUGCAUGGCUGAGGAGCUGUGGGGAGUAAAGCUCAAGUAUCAGAAUGAUCGCCGAUACUGGACCAACGCACGGCUCUUCUCCACUCGAAGCGGGUGUGUUGGUUGUCUCCGGGCCCCUGCUGCUGUUGCUGGCGAUGCAGAUCACAGCUGCGAAUGCUGUGAUCACCCACAAAGCCGGCCCUGGUCCUGCACUUCGAGCCGCCGCGCUCUGGCUUGAUCUGUCUCCGAACCUCUCUUUCCUCCUCCCUACCGCAGCAUGAGCAUUGAUUUCGCAAACGACCCUGUCUGGAGCGACAUCACUCCAAUCCCGCAGGACGACGGGCCAAACCCGGUUGUUCCGAUUUCAUAUUAUCCAAGCUACAGGGUUGCCACCGGCUAUUUCCGGGCGAUCGUAGCCCGCAAAGAGUUCAGCCCCAGGGUGCUGGACCUGACGGAUGCAAUCCUGCAGGACAACCCGGCCCACUACACCGUGUGGAAGUAUCGACAGGACACUCUCAUGGCAAUUAACCAUGACCUCGAGGAAGAGCUCAAAUACAUUGAUCAAAUGGCCGAAGAAAACCCCAAGAACUACCAGAUCUGGCAUCACCGCCAGGUUGUCAUCGAAAAGCUGAACGAUCCAAGCCGUGAGAUUGCAUUCAUCAACGCAUCGCUCGCUGGGGACUCCAAGAACUAUCAUGCGUGGACCUACAGACAGUGGCUGGUCAAGCACUUUUCACUCUGGAAUCGCGAGAUCAUCGACAUGAACCGUUUCCUCGACGAAGACGUAUUCAACAACUCGGCCUGGAAUCAGCGCUACUUUGUGUAUUCGCAGCGACCAGAGAAAUGGGUCCCUGACGAGAUCCACGAUGAAGUCAAGUACACCCUAAUGAAGAUUGCGAUUGCGCCAAACAACGAGAGUGCGUGGAGCUACUUGAAAGGGUAG